AUGGCAGAAAAACCAAUCAUACUGGUUACUGGUUCCUCGGGUAAUAUUGGAUCUGCUACAGUUGGAGUCCUGGCUGCAAGGUAUGCUGAUAAAGUAGAGAUAAGAGCUGGUGUACGCAAUCCAGACAAAAUCCCAGCAAGGCCUGGUGUGACUGUUGUUCAAGCAGUAAUGGGUGACAAGGAUCAGCUCAGGGAGCCUCUCAAAGAUGUUGAUGCUGUUUUCAUUGUCACUCCUACGGCUGAAGACAGAGCUGCACUGACUAUUAAGACUGCAGAAGCUGCUAAGGAAGCUGGAGUCAAGUUCAUUCUCAUUGUCAGUGCUCCAAGUAUGACUCACCCUGAUGGAAGGGUAGAAUAUCUACCAACUUGCACUAUUUUUGGUAAACAGUAUCAUGAGAUUGACAGUCAAAUCCCCAAGCUUGGCGUUCCUUACGCCUUUCUCCGUUUAUCCAUAUUCAUGGAAAACAACUUUGGGAAAAAAGAUACAAUUGUGGAUCAGUCAACUUUUUAUGCUUCCCAAUCUCCGGACAAGCCAGCAAUCUACGUUGCCGUUGAAGAUGCUGCUAAAGCUGCUGCAGCGAUCCUAACUGAUUACUCCAAACACAAUGGAAAAGAGUACAACAUGCACAGCGACUGUUACACUAAUGCAGAGCUAGCAGCUGCCUUCACCGAAGCAUUGGGAAAAGAAGUCAAGUUUGUUCAAGUUCCACCUGAGACAGCAAAGCAAGCAAUGGUGGGUAAGGGUUGGUCUGAAUGGCACGUUGAUGGAAUACUUGAGAUGCUGGAACUGAUUGAAGAAGGAGAUUCAAUCCUUACUGUAGGAGACACUUGCACCUUAAGGUCACUGACUGGAGAAGAGCCAACCUCAAUGAAGGAAUGGGUCACCAAGAAUGCUCCCAGUUUUAAAUGA